CCAAUGAAUGAGCGGCUACUCUGACGAUGCUGCCAAGCGCUGCCGGUCGACACGCCCCCAGCAAGGAUACAACCAGCAGGAACAGGCGCUCAGGAGACGCACUCACUAUGCUGGAGAGUGUUUGAAGCCGCGAUGGGAGUUAACACAUCCAAGUUUCUAGAGUUCCUGAUACAAGCGUCGUUGCACUAAACAAAGACUUUGGGUUUCUUGUGUGUGUACGUGUGUGUGUGUUGUUGUGUUUUUUUUUUUUUCCUCUGAGGGGGCUUGUCUGCAUUUUUGUCCGAGGCGUUUCUCUCACAGGAUGUUGAUGAUACUGGAAAGCCGGGUAAGAUCCUAAAGUCACUUCUCUCCGAUGAGAUCGACCUCCUCCUCCUCCUCCUCCUCCUCACCACCACCACACAAAGGGAACCACGGAACAAGUACUUUUUUUCCUCACACGCCAUCGUUUUAUUUUAUUUUUUGAAUGUCAUUAAGAAGCAGAGGGGGCUGUUUCAAAGACAAAAUGGAUCACUUUGCAGCAGAGUGCCUUGUUUCAAUGUCCAGUCGUGCAAUUGUUCACCCUCCUAAAGGGAAUAGGGAGAUUAAACCAGAAAUCCCGUCCUCCUCCAAGAACGGGGAGGAAAUUAAAGAGCCUUUGGUGAAAGAUAACUCCUCUCUUUUUGUGGUGGCGCGGAUUCUGGCGGAUUUUAACCAGCAGACUCCCAACAAUGUUGCCGAGCAGGCAAAAAUAAAGGAUGAGAGCAUGCCGAACCUCAUAGAUGAUGGAAACUCUGCCACACCUACCACCAUCUCCGAUCCUUCGCUCAAACAAAGAGGCAAAAGAUCGAGAGGUCGAACUGAGCAAGAAUCACCUCAGAAAAAGCACAAAUGCCACUAUUCAGGUUGUGAAAAAGUUUAUGGCAAAUCAUCCCACCUCAAAGCUCAUCUAAGGACACAUACAGGAGAACGGCCUUUCCCGUGUACCUGGCCAGACUGCAGUAAGAAGUUCGCUCGCUCCGACGAGCUGGCCCGCCAUUACCGCACCCACACGGGGGAGAAGAAGUUUGGGUGCCCACUUUGUGACAAGCGCUUCAUGCGCAGCGACCACCUGAUGAAGCACGCCCGGCGCCACUCAGAUUUCCAGCCCGGCAUGCUGAAGAAGCCUCACGGCAGCAGCAGCAGCAACACCACACGUCCCAGCUCCCUCAGCGACUACAGCCGCUCAGAUGCCUCCAGCCCUACUCUCAGUCCCACCCUCAGCCCAGCCAACUCGCCUUAAACUGAAACCCAGUCGCACUUUCCGCCUCCGACCUGCGAGGCCCGUGUUUUUGUCAUAACACUUGUGUUGCACAGUUGUCAGCAACCCCCCCCCCCCCCCCCCCUUUGCUAUUCCUGCGCUUGCUGUGGUGUACCAUACUGUACAUAAGUGCUUAUUGUAGUGCAAUUACUUGUGUGAUCCUAAAAGAAGGUAAUGCCUUUCCCAGAUGGCAAUAUUUACAUUCUGUACCAUAUGUCUGUAUUUUUUUAGCUUCUGAAGAUGGCUAGUUGUCCAAUGUACGUUUGCAGUCAGCUAAACAAGGUUUGGAAGAAAAAAAAACAGACACCCAGACAAGUCUUAUCAAAAAAUUUUUGGUUUUGUUUUUUGUUUUUUUGUUUUGCUUUUUGUUUUGGUUUUCGAACAGGGGAGGAGGAGGGGUACACACACACCUCAGGAUUGAAGACAGUUGCUAUUUCUGUAAUACCACAGUACUUAACAGUACUCACAUUGACUGCACAAUAUACUCAUCACUUUACUCUGAAAUUCAACAGGGGUUGAAUUUUACGCCCUGCUCAGGGAUGGCCUUGUUAGCUUGAAAGAAUGAACACGGUGAAGAGAAACAUACAGUACAUAUAUAGCAGCCUUACACUCAACACAAUUUGCACUCUUUUUGUUUUUUUAUGGUUUUUGGUUUUCACGUUCGAGGAAACUAGCCCUAUGGUCAUACGGUCAAUCGUACACAAAACCCAUUCUCUGUUCUCCCUUGUGUUCUGGGGAUUCAUAUGUAAUGUAAAUGCUGUGUGUUAAGAAAUCGAUCCCCAAGCCCCCACCUCAGUAAACAAAAUACAUCUGUUCCUCCACUGCAAUGUUAAUAUUCAGUUGCCAUUACACUGGGUUAAAUACAGUAUGUAUUACAGCAGUGUGCAGUAUAUACUGUGUAAAUCUGCACUGUGGGAGGAUAGGGAUUAUAUUGGGUGAACAGUUUUUUAUAAAUAUACUCAGUUAAAGAAACUUUGGAACCUUUAAAUAGAGACAGUUAAGUUUCAAAGCAGCUGUUCAUGUUUUUUUUCUUUUUAAAUAAAAGUGCUGUAUCAUCAGCCAGUAUUUCACGCAAAAUGGACACAAAGGGACUUUAGUUGAAACAAUGUUUAUCCAUCUCUCAAGCACACAGGAAAAAGUACCAAAGACAAGAGUGAAAGAAAGCUUUCUACUCAGUCUUGUAAGCCGCCCUUCAUUGAGGCCUGGGGCUGGUGGUUGGCAGUAUCACAGGUAGAGCCAGACAGCCUGCUCACUUCCCCCCUUCUGGCUCUGCCUUUUUGCGGCCUCCCUGGAGGAAACAGCUGCAUCCCUCAAGAAGCUAUUCACAGCCUGCAGGAGGAGUGCUAACAUGCCAUUCCCAGGGAGUCCUCUCUCAUCCAUUUGGCUCUACCUGUCCUGUCAGAGAGCGGUGAAGCGCCAGGCCUGCCAAAUUGCGUAAGGUCGGCUAACUCGGGUGGGGGUGGGGGGUCAAAUGUAGGCCAGAGCGUUGGGCAGAGCCAGGCUGGGUUGCAACAUGGUGAAACAGAGAGGGAACAAAGCAGCUAUCUGCAAUAGACAGGCAAGAGAGGGCAGGCCCUGAUAAAAGAGGAGAGGUUUAUCAUGAGCCGAGCAGCACAGAGGAGGAGACACCCAGUCGCAGACACCCCCAUCUCCUCCAAAAAAAAACCUCCCUUCCUGCCUCCAACUGUAGGAGCUAUGAGCGGAAAAAUGGCUGUAAUUAGUGGUUUGAUCCAACCUGUAGGUUAAGAGUAGAAAGAGAAGUGUAUGAACAACAGUACUACCUAGACAAUGCUGGCAGUGUGGGUGGGAUGUACCCAGCUUCAUCCUAAGCACAGGGAGAAAUCAUCUACUCUUGCUGGAGAGUCAGAUUUCACAAUUGCCAAGGAAAACGUUGCUCCAGAUUCACACCAAUAAAUCCAAGCUCUCAAACAGCUGCUUUCAAACUUCUCUCUCGCAACAGGGGGGCUUUUAAACUGUUGUAAAAACAUCGGAACCAAAAUGAACAUAUCAGCAAAGUGCAGUGCUCACCAGCCUCACGUUGUCCUGCCUGUGAAGCUCAGAUGUCCCGUGAGAAAGCUGACUUGUGUUUUCUAGACAGACAUGCCUCAAUAAGUCAGGCAAAAGGCACAGUAAACCUUCCAUGGAAACGGGCACCACUAUCAAAACUGCUGCAGCCCCGCCAGUCUGUGUUAUGCCUACAUUUUCUUUUAAUGCUUCAGCACUAUGGUUGGAAAUAGUUUCACCCAUGUGGUGCGGUCCUGUCAGACCCCUCCAGACUGUUGUCAUCAUGAACUGCAUGUGCUAGCUUCAUCUUACCAAGAAGUCGUCCGACUCUAACCCCACAGCUUCACACUAUAUGCAUGUUAACAACUUCACCCUGAAAGCGUAGAUGGCUUUUGAGGCGGUCUGGCAGGUGUAAGUUCAUGAAUGGCAGGCCUUGUCCCUCGCUCUCCACAGCACCCAUCUCUCUUUAAAGUUGUGAAGAAUCAGCUCUGUCACAUCCUCCAGAAAGAAAACAUCCCUUAUUUAGAUUUAGAUUGAAUGCAGUAGUUUCCUCAAAACACGACAUGUUAAAAAACAACCUUCUGUAAGAUGUAAAGUCAGUUUCCAGGCUGCAAGACGACACUUUGAAUGCCACUGAUCAGCAGCUCUCAGUGAAAGAAGCACUGAGAGGGUUUUUACUUUUACCAUUUCUGAAAAAAAAACUUUGAUUUUCACAAACAAUUUCUUCAAAUUGCUGUUGAGCAGCUUUUUGUGGUAUCUAUCCAUGGCUUUUUUUUAUUAUUAUAGUCAAUUUUUGACUUGGUUUGUAGUGUAAAUUUCUCUUGCAAGAAAAAAAAAAAAAUCUGAGUGGCCCUCACCCUCAAAGCACGUUUCAUGAAUCACUUCUUAAUCCAUAAUCUGCACAUUUACCUCAGGGUCGACAUCCGCAAAGCAGAUAUGGGACAAUUUGUGGAUUUUGUUGUAACAUCAGUUGCUGCACAGAAAUGUCUGCCAGCCUCCCACGGUGUUCCUGGGUGCUUAGUGCUCACUGCUGGUCAGUGUCCGACCACACUGGAAACACAGGAAUGCCUCUGUACGGGCCCAGCUCCUGCCUAUUAUGUCCUCAUAACAUUCAACAGUCCUGCUAUACGCCUUAGUAAGCACUGGGCACUCUGGACACUGUUUUCAGUGAAAUGAAAUGCCCCUUUAAAGACCUUUGACCGUUAGUGUCAGUGGACUUAAUGUACAGUAGGCAACAGGAAGCUCCUACCAUCUGAAAAUAAACCAACUGUGACAGUGUAAAACAUCCCAGUCUAUAUCCAUCCAUCCAGACUGCACCAGUGACAUAUAGGCCUCCACAGGCAAAGUGUCUCAUAACUUUUACUCUCACUGUACCAAAUCUACUUGAAUAAUCCAACACAAAAGGCCAUUGAACACAAUUUUGUACAUGUCCAUUUUCACUGUACUUGCUUUUGUUGUCAAAUAAUUAUUAACCUCUCUGGAGAAAGGUGUAUAGUCUGUUUUUUGUUUUAUGUUUUUUUCUUCUUUUUUUUUCGUAGAUUUUCCAUUGUCUUCAGGUCAUUUCAGCAAUUCUUCUGAAUUUAUCACAGCAUUAAGGUUUGGGGCUGUUUAAAGGCACCAUUUUUUUUUUUUUUUGCUUAAAUAGCAUAAUUGUAAUCCCAUUAAUUGGGGUUCACCCCUUUAAUCAGAAACACUUACUACUCUGUUGAUGUCAGGAUGCAGGUUAUUCCAGUUAGCCUGUUAUCCAAAAUUUCUUCAAAGGUAGAAAAUGAAAGGAUUGUUUGGGGAGUGAUUGGGGUCACGAUAAGAAACUUCCUGACCUCUGCGUACGUCAAUUUCAGAUGGAGUGAUUUAUUUCCUUUUAAUAUUUAGAUUCUUUUGAAAGUUUUCCAUAAAAAUAGAGACCACAGCAUUGUGAGUUAGCGAUGUAGUCAUAAUUUUUUAUUAUUGCUUUUUUUUGUCUCAUAUAAACUGUUUAAGCUUGUAUGUUUUUUCAAAAAUCAUACCUCUUCAAAUAUUUGACUUUUGUUGUACCUUCAUAUCUUUUCAAAGCAUCCAUCAUGUAGCUUACGUUUGCUUGAUGAGUAGCACAAAUAACUGGUGGUUUUAUUUGUCCCUACUUGAAUGAAGAAGGAAGGAAAGAGAGACUUUUUUUCUGUAAAAACAAACAAAAAAAACCCACAAAAACAAAAUAUUUAAAAAAAGCACUGGGCUACAUUUUAUAUAAUCAUCCCAUGUUGUCGGGGUCCUGCACAUCCUUGUACGUUUAAAAAGUAAUCUUUCCGGGGAAAAAACUGAAACCAUAUUUUUAUUAUUUUAUGUUACAAAAAUAUUUAAACCACCUCUUCCCUACUGAGCUCCACAUAUUUGUCUUGGUUUGAAUAUUUAGUGAUGAUGUCAACUGUAAAUUGGUAUGAAAUUCCAUUUCAGCAUUUUUUUAAAAUCCAAUUUUAUGAUGGUAAUCCCAGUAAGAUUACAGAUUUCGACAAGGACUUUGAACAAUGACAUUAUGGAAAUACACGUUUCUACAAGAUGCUAACAGUGUACCAGUUCAUAUUUUUUUCUUCUAAUUGUAAAAAUACAUUUAAGAGAAUUGUUGCCUAGUAUGUAAAGAACUAACCUUAAUCUUAUUUAAAAAAAAAAAAAAAAGUUCAUAUUAAUGACAUGAAUAUAUCACUGAUGAGACCAUCUCAGCUGAAAUCUUUGUGACUGAUCUCAAUGUAAAAGCAUGAUUGAUGCAAUUGUGUGCCAAAACCAUAAUGGUAACUUCAUAAAGAUGAUACAAAUGUUGAGGAUAAAAGGAAAAAAAAAAACUAUCUAUUAUCGGACAUUUAACAAACUUGUACAGUUUUAUAAA